UCAGGCGAAAAGUAUAGACAGUCUCUUUUUCUGCUUUUUACUUUAUGUGGGGAGAGAGAGAGAGAGACGACUGGAGACUGGAGAGGGUCUUCGAAGUUCUCUCCUCUAACCGGCCUAGCUCUUAGCGCAGGGUCACCGGCAGAGCAGAGCAGGCGGUUGGCCGGGGUUCAAGGGAACCAUAGGGGCGAGGAGGAGAAGGCUGCAAAGGAGAGAGCACGCGAGGGGCAACGGCGUACGGUGUGUGUCUCCAGGUCACCAGCUGCGGCUGGUCUCCUAGAUGCUCCGCAUUCUUCUCGAUCCCAUAUCACUCCCCCACCUCACGCACUCCCACGCCCUCUUUCUCUCUCUAAAAAUUCUCUCUCUGUCUCUUGUUCUCUCUCUCUUUCUUUCUGUAAGAAAGUCUUCCUAUAAAUGAAAGGGGAAGUGGGCAGUCGAGAUCUCGAUCACAGUCACAGUCUCACUGCUUGAGUAUCACCAUCAACUGUGAUCACCAGCUCAGAAAGGCAGAAGCAGAAGUGAGAAGGGAAGAAGAAGGGGAGGCCAAGACGGGGUUGCCAACGUGGAUGCUGGCCCUUGAGGCUGAUAAAUUGGAGGCUGAUAUGCACCGCCUUCUCACUUUGCUCCUCCACCAGGGAGUGCUGGACGAGCAAUUCUUGCAACUACAGCAGCUUCAAGACGAGACCUCUCCCAACUUUGUAGCAGAAGUAGUUACCAUCUAUUUCAGAGAAACUGAAAAGCUUUUGACAAACCUCCGAAAGCUUCUUGCUGAGAGAGAGUUCACGGACUAUAAAAAGAUGGGGAAGCAUUUGAACCAGCUAGUGGGCAGCAGCUCCAGCAUAGGGGCCAAACGAGUCAGAAACGUGUGCUUCGCCUUUCGCUCCCUUUCUGAGCAGAACAACAGAGCAGGAUGCUUGCGCCUUUUGGCGCACCUCGAGCACGAAUAUUGCCUCCUCAAGAAUAAACUACACGAGCUCUUUCAGAUCGAGCAGCAACGCGUCUUGGCAGCGGGAGUGAGAUACCCGAUGGUGCUACAGUGAACAGAUGCUUGGCUGUCAAUAUGAAUCGUGACACUUGGUCGCCUAUUCUGGUCCCUCACUCACUCAGUUUGCUAGCAAAUUUCACGGACAAAACGAAAGAGAAGUAUAGGAAAUGAAACCUGAACUGGCAUGGCAUGCAAUGCAAAAUCAAACAACCUCAAAGAAGAGAAAGAAGGAAUGAUCAUUCGUUCAGUUGUAACAGUUG